AAAAAUAAAAGAUAGAACUGCCCACUAUGAGAGUGUGGCAUAUAAAUAGGGGUGAAAAGGCGCUGCCUUUAGUCGGGAAAAUAGGCGCGAUUUCUCCACAACACCACUCUCUUCUCUCCUCUUCUACUUUUGUCUUCGAGGGUUCCUUCCUUUCUUCAAGCCCGGUGGUGGUGGUGGUGGUGGUGAUGGCGGCCAUGGACGGCUCUUCUUCUCCACCAUCUGAUUCGAAUCCAUCAUCUAAUGGUGCUUCAAAGUUCCUCUUAAACCUUCCCUCUCGCGGCCUCUUCUCCUCCACCGUUCUCUCUUCGAAUCCGGGUGGAAUGCGGGUUUAUGUAUGCGUCCAUGACACAUCGCCCCCAGAUGAUCAACAGAUCAAGACAAAUCAACAGAACAUAUUGAUCAGAUCGCUUACACUUAGGAACAAGAAAGGUGAUUCCAGUUCAAAGGAUGUGAAAAGUGCAGGUGCAACUGAAAGUUCUAGAAAAAGGCCUGCAGAAAGAACUUUGGAUAGCAGGGCUUCUGCGAAAAAAGCUAAUAGUCAGAGUAGCACUUCUCGACAAGAGGGAUCAAGCAAUCAGGCAUCAAUUAAGGAUUUCCAAGGUCUGACUGUAGAGAGACUUCGUGCACUUUUAAAGGCCAAAGGACUUUCUUUGAAGGGAAAGAAGGAGGAACUGAUUGCGCGCCUCAAAGGUGCUAGCAGUUAAGCAUAACGUAGAAAAAAGGACCAGGGAAGCAGCCGGGGAAGAGAUUAGAGUGUGUUCACAAAUCGUCGCCCAAGAGUAGCAGUCACUUUUCUUGAUUUUUCGAGUGAAUGUAGGAAUGGAACGGUUUAGACUGGAUAUGUCCAUAAUUUGAACAUAAAAACUUUUUUGUGAAGACAAAGGAUUAUAUAUUGUAUAAUUUUGUGUUCUUAAUGUUUUUAUGCUUCAAACACUUUAUUAUAAACUUAAAAAAGUUAUUUGAUGGCGUAGUGCAAUUUUCUUGAUCA